UAACGAGUCGCCGCCUAAUAAGCCCAGAGCGGCGGGCUAGCGGCGCGGGCUGCGUGCGGGGAGGGGUCCCGGGCCGGAGAGCGCGGCGCAAACGCGUGGCGCACCGCGGACGGGCGGCGCGGCGCGGCGCGGCGCGGAGGGCAACCGGGCCGGCGCGCAGAGCCGGGGCGGGCCCGGGGGCGGCCCGCGGCGCCCCCUCGUUCUCGGCGCUCUGGGCCCGCGCAGGCCGGGGCUAGCGGGGCUCGGGCCGGGGAGGAGAGCUGCCCGCGCGCUCCGUCCCCCUCCCCCCUGGGCGGGCGGGCCGGCGGCCGGGGGGAGGGCGGGCGGCGGCGGCGGCCCGCUGUAUAUAUCUCCGCGCACCCCGCCAGGUCGCGCACAGCUCCCCGAGCCCAGGCACCUCCCCGCCCCCUCCCCGCGCUCCGCGGCGGCGGCGGCGGCAGCAAUAGCAGCAAUAUGGCUGUUGAUGGGUGUUCGGGGUGGCGCUGGCGGCGGGAGGAGCUCCCCCGAGCCCCUGCGCCGGCUGCCCGUUGCUAGCUAUGGCAAAUGGUGGCGGCAGCGGCGGCAGCAGCGGCGGCGGCGGUGGCGGCGGAGGCAGCGCUCUUAGAAUGAGUAGCAAUAUCCACGCGAACCAUCUCAGCCUAGACGCGUCCUCCUCCUCUUCCUCCUCCUCUUCUUCCUCCUCCUCCUCUUCCUCCUCGUCCUCGGUCCACGAGCCCAAGAUGGAUGCGCUCAUCAUCCCGGUGACCAUGGAGGUGCCGUGCGACAGCCGGGGCCAGCGCAUGUGGUGGGCUUUCCUGGCCUCCUCCAUGGUGACUUUCUUCGGGGGCCUCUUCAUCAUCUUGCUCUGGCGGACGCUCAAGUACCUGUGGACCGUUUGCUGCCACUGCGGGGGCAAGACGAAGGAGGCCCAGAAGAUUAACAAUGGCUCAGGCCAGGCGGACGGCACUCUCAAGCCAGUGGACGAAAAAGAGGAGGCGGUGGCAGCCGAGGUCGGCUGGAUGACCUCCGUGAAAGACUGGGCGGGGGUGAUGAUAUCUGCCCAGACGCUGACCGGCAGAGUCCUGGUCGUCUUAGUCUUUGCUCUCAGCAUUGGUGCACUUGUAAUAUACUUCAUAGAUUCGUCAAACCCAAUAGAAUCCUGCCAGAAUUUCUACAAAGAUUUCACAUUACAGAUCGACAUGGCUUUCAACGUGUUCUUCCUUCUCUACUUUGGCUUGCGGUUUAUUGCAGCCAAUGAUAAGCUGUGGUUCUGGCUGGAAGUGAACUCUGUAGUAGAUUUCUUCACGGUCCCCCCCGUGUUUGUGUCUGUGUACUUAAACAGAAGUUGGCUUGGUUUGAGAUUUUUAAGAGCUCUCAGGCUGAUCCAGUUUUCAGAAAUUUUGCAGUUUCUGAAUAUCCUGAAAACAAGUAAUUCCAUCAAGCUGGUGAAUCUGCUCUCCAUAUUUAUCAGCACAUGGCUAACAGCAGCCGGCUUCAUCCAUUUGGUGGAGAAUUCAGGGGAUCCAUGGGAAAAUUUCCAAAACAACCAGGCCCUUACCUACUGGGAGUGUGUCUAUUUGCUCAUGGUGACCAUGUCCACUGUUGGUUACGGGGAUGUUUAUGCAAAAACCACGCUCGGGCGUCUCUUCAUGGUCUUCUUCAUCCUCGGGGGACUGGCCAUGUUUGCCAGCUACGUCCCUGAAAUCAUAGAGUUAAUAGGAAACCGCAAGAAAUACGGGGGCUCCUAUAGUGCGGUUAGUGGAAGAAAGCACAUUGUGGUCUGUGGACACAUCACGCUGGAGAGCGUUUCCAACUUCCUGAAGGACUUUCUGCACAAGGACCGGGAUGAUGUCAACGUGGAGAUUGUCUUUCUUCACAACAUUUCCCCUAACCUGGAGCUUGAAGCUCUGUUCAAACGACAUUUUACUCAGGUGGAAUUUUACCAGGGUUCAGUCCUCAAUCCACACGAUCUUGCGAGAGUCAAGAUAGAGUCAGCAGAUGCGUGCCUAAUCCUUGCCAAUAAGUACUGCGCAGACCCCGAUGCUGAAGAUGCCUCCAACAUCAUGAGAGUCAUCUCCAUAAAGAACUACCACCCGAAGAUAAGAAUAAUCACUCAGAUGCUGCAGUAUCAUAACAAGGCCCAUCUGCUAAACAUCCCAAGCUGGAAUUGGAAAGAGGGGGAUGAUGCAAUCUGCCUCGCAGAGCUGAAGCUGGGGUUCAUCGCCCAGAGCUGCCUGGCUCAAGGCCUCUCCACCAUGCUUGCCAACCUCUUCUCCAUGAGGUCAUUCAUAAAGAUUGAGGAAGACACGUGGCAGAAAUACUACUUGGAAGGAGUCUCAAAUGAAAUGUACACAGAAUAUCUCUCCAGUGCCUUCGUGGGUCUGUCCUUCCCUACUGUUUGUGAGCUGUGUUUUGUGAAGCUCAAGCUUCUAAUGAUAGCCAUUGAGUACAAGUCCGCCAACCGAGAGAGCCGUAUAUUAAUUAAUCCUGGAAACCACCUUAAGAUCCAAGAAGGUACUUUAGGAUUUUUCAUCGCAAGCGAUGCCAAAGAAGUUAAAAGGGCAUUUUUUUACUGCAAGGCCUGUCAUGAUGACAUCACGGAUCCCAAAAGAAUAAAAAAAUGCGGCUGCAAACGGCCCAAGAUGUCCAUCUACAAGAGAAUGAGACGGGCAUGUUGUUUUGAUUGCGGACGUUCUGAGCGUGACUGCUCGUGCAUGUCAGGCCGUGUGCGUGGUAACGUGGACACCCUUGAGAGAGCCUUCCCACUUUCUUCUGUCUCUGUUAAUGAUUGCUCCACCACUUUCCGUGCCUUUGAAGAUGAGCAGCCGUCAGCACUGUCACCCAAAAAAAAGCAGCGCAACGGAGGCAUGCGGACCUCACCCAGCUCCUCGCCCAAGCUGAUGAGGCAUGACCCCUUGUUAAUUCCCGGCAAUGAUCAGAUUGACAACAUGGACUCCAACGUGAAGAAGUACGACUCUACUGGGAUGUUUCACUGGUGUGCACCCAAGGAGAUAGAGAAAGUCAUCCUGACUCGAAGUGAAGCCGCCAUGACCGUCCUGAGUGGCCACGUGGUGGUCUGCAUCUUUGGCGAUGUCAGUUCAGCCCUGAUUGGCCUCCGGAACCUGGUGAUGCCACUCCGUGCCAGCAACUUUCACUACCACGAGCUCAAGCACAUCGUGUUUGUGGGUUCCAUUGAGUACCUCAAGCGGGAAUGGGAGACUCUUCAUAACUUUCCCAAAGUGUCCAUAUUGCCUGGUACGCCGUUAAGUCGGGCUGAUUUAAGGGCCGUCAACAUCAACCUCUGUGACAUGUGCGUUAUCCUGUCAGCCAAUCAGAAUAAUAUUGAUGAUACUUCGCUGCAGGACAAGGAAUGCAUCUUGGCGUCGCUCAACAUCAAAUCUAUGCAGUUUGAUGACAGCAUCGGGGUCUUGCAGGCUAAUUCCCAAGGGUUCACACCUCCAGGAAUGGACAGAUCCUCUCCGGAUAACAGCCCGGUACAUGGGAUGUUACGUCAGCCCUCCAUCACAACUGGGGUCAACAUCCCCAUCAUCACUGAACUAGUGAACGAUACUAAUGUUCAGUUUCUGGACCAAGACGAUGACGAUGACCCCGACACAGAGCUGUACCUCACGCAGCCGUUUGCAUGUGGGACAGCGUUUGCCGUCAGCGUCCUGGAUUCACUCAUGAGCGCGACAUACUUCAAUGACAACAUCCUCACCCUGAUACGGACCCUGGUGACCGGAGGAGCCACGCCGGAGCUGGAGGCUCUGAUUGCCGAGGAGAAUGCGCUGCGCGGGGGCUACAGCACCCCCCAGACGCUGGCCAAUAGGGACCGCUGCCGCGUGGCCCAGUUAGCACUGCUGGACGGGCCCUUUGCGGACCUGGGGGAUGGUGGUUGUUAUGGUGAUCUGUUCUGCAAAGCUCUGAAAACAUAUAAUAUGCUUUGUUUUGGAAUUUAUCGGCUGAGAGAUGCUCACCUCAGCACCCCCAGCCAAUGCACAAAGAGGUAUGUCAUCACCAACCCCCCGUACGAGUUUGAGCUCGUGCCGACGGACCUGAUCUUCUGCUUAAUGCAGUUUGACCACAACGCCGGCCAGUCCCGGGCCAGCCUCUCCCAUUCCUCCCACUCGUCCCAGUCCUCCAGCAAGAAGAGCUCCUCCGUUCACUCCAUCCCAUCCACAGCAAACCGACAGAACCGGCCCAAGUCCCGGGAGUCCCGAGACAAACAGAACAGAAAAGAAAUGGUUUACAGAUGAACCGGAUAAUGCCUAUCCGAGAAACAUUCAAAUCAAGCCCAUGAGUACCCACAUGGCUAACCAGAUCAACCAAUAUAAAUCCACAAGCAGCUUGAUUCCACCAAUCAGAGAAGUUGAAGAUGAAUGUUGACUCCCAGGAGACCAGAACUAUUUUUUUAAAGCCUGACAAACUUCAUAAAUGGUGACGUGACUUUUCUUCCUCUUACAUGCUGAAUCACUGGUGGAAACGUUAGGAUAAGCAAGAAUUGCAAGAAAAAUAAAGUAGACAGAUCUUUCUCUUUGCCUUGAAUAUUGCUUCCAUGUAUUUUGGAAAAGAAAAUGAUUUCAUUUAUAAAUGAACAUACUAAAAUAGUCAUGUAUAGCCUCUAGCAUUUUAAAUUAUUUUUAUUUAUUAGAAGGAAAAUAUAUUUUUUCUUUUUUUUCCAUUGUCAUAUAUAUUCCCUAUAGCUAACAAUGCAAACUCAAAAGGAAUGUGGCCAGACUCCUUAUGCACAUUUCUCUUCUUUCUCUCUUUUUCUUUGAGGAGAAUGAUGGUCACCACCACAGUUAAUUAUAAUUAAGGGAAAUGGAUUAUUAAGACAACUUUAAAAUGGUCCAAUAAUAUAAACAUGUAUUUUAGUAAAUUUAAAAAAGAAGACAAAAGAGGGCAGGUGAAUUUCCUAGAUGGGUAUGUAUUUUGGCUGUACUGACACCAGCUCUUAAUAAAUGGAAAGUUACUUAUUUUCGAAAGUCAUAUUUUUGUAGUUUUAGUUUUCAUCCUGUAUUUCUCAUCCUUUUGUUCAUAUAUUUAAAGGGAAGACCUUCUUGCAGCUUUUCUACAAAUGCCAGAUCGGGUUUACCCUGCCAACUAACAAUACCAGGAGGGUUGUGAGCAUGCCUGGGACGUGGAAGUUGAGGACCAGAUGCACAGAAGACAUUUCUCUGUUUGUUGUUGUAAUGGUGGGGACUCCUUCCUACAUGCUGUUAUGCUUCUCAUUUCGUAUCUCCAAACCAACCAAGCAGUAAUUGCAACUUUGGAAAGGUCUGGUGGACUCCCCAUUCCCCAAGUCCAGGGCUUUUAGCCUGAAAGUUUGUAAACACCAAUGAAUAGUUUUACCUAACCACAGGAUAUGAUAACACAUUCAUGCUAUUCACUGAGUUUUUGUGUAAAAGCCAGAAAAGUUCCAUGAUCGAGGAGAUGACUUUUGCCCAGAUCUAAAUUUUGCAGGCUUUCCUUUAGUUGCUGGGACAAAACACACAAACUUGUUACAGCAACCUAAAAAAUAAUAACAACAAAAGGACAGCAUUGAAUGCACUUAAUACAGACUGUUAGAAAAAGCCUUUGAAAAUUACCAGCAAUGAAAUCUAAUGUAUCAGCCACUUCAAACUGUGGUCAAAAAGAUUUUUCUAACCAUCAGACACAAUUCCGAUGUCUCCGAGCUCUGCUGUUGCUUGCAUGCUCAGUGUAAUGGCGUCCCAGCAAUUGUUCCAUUCCAAAUGAUUUUCAACUUCAAAAUGAUCAAUCUUUGAUAGAAACAUCAGGAUCUCUCUGGAGCAGCAUGGAUGUGAUAGUGAUUUUUAUUUUCUUAAAAAUGUAAACUGUGGACACUUGAAGAAACCAAACUAACCAAAAUAUCCCCCAAAGUCCCAUGCUAUCUAUUCCAUUAGGCCAUGACCCCGUGGUACGUAGUAUGUUACAGCAAAUCAGAUCAGAGCCAAGCAAUGAAAUCAUCAUGAAAAUAUAGGUCCACUAAGUAGUACUCCAAUUACCAACAUAGGCAAAAUGAGCUUCCACCUCUGUCCCGUCCCUGCAGAGCCAAUGUAGUUGUGUUUCCACCUUGUAGGCGUCGUCCUAAAGUGACUUGUCAGACUGUGGUUACCCUGUCGUCACAUUUUUGUAGAAUUAGUUCUAUAAAAGUAUCGUGAAUAUAAUGUAUGUCCAACUGGAUUGUUGAAAAAUUACUUAUAAUCAAUCACUAGUCUACUCAGCAGACUAAAAUGACGUCAGCAUUCUCUUCAGGCUUAUAAACAUUUCUUGGUUUCCAACAGAAGUAAAAUGGGUUUGUGGGGCGAAACCCUUGCUGAGAGUUGACAACUUUCCUGAAAGCUAGGCCUUCUUCUACAUAACGAUUUUGUAUUGGGUUCACCUUAGUACAUUCUUAGUACAUCAAUCCACGCUCUUCUUUCCUUCAUGAACCCUAGUGGGUUCCUGAUAACUUGAUAACCAUUUCUGAAUUUGUCUUAACUAUUUGGUCUCCUCUGGCAGGCACUGGUGGCCACCACCUAAAUGCUCUUCCAUUAGAGGAAGUUAGGCCACGGUGUCCCAUGCCUGCUGCCCUCUCUUCCCCAUCUCUCCAAACCAAUGCACACUGGAAACAGAAGUACAAACUCCAUGCCCUUUAUGGCUAGAGAUUUGAAUCUAAACUUUUUUUUUUUUUAAACCAAAAUGGCUAAGAUAGUUUCCUGGAGCAAGGGCUCCCCUCCAAACACCAAUUGGCAGGAAUCCAUUUUCUUCUAAGGUAGAGCAAGGUUGUGCUGUUUUGCCUUUGUAAUAAUGAAUUGUUUGGGGCCGGAAAAUGAAAUAAGGUGCUUUAUUUUUUUUUUUUUUUAUG